GAGAUAGAAGUCAGCCCCAAUGGCGGUCCUGGCUUCUGUUGCGGGAUGACGAAAAAAGGCGCUCCAUGCAAAAACUCGAUCAAACUUGAAGACACCAAGACAGGCCAUCAAAAGCUGAACACUGUCGCCAGAGAGCCGUUUGACCUGUCAAAUUUGCAAUCGAAGCUCUGUGCUAUUGCCAAAGUAUUCCUCUGUGCAAGGUGGCAUAGGCAACGACAGGCCGAUGGGGUUGGCCAGCAGUGGUAUGAAGCAGCUGUCCGCAACCAGGCGCGAGUGCCACAUGACUCUAGAGUUGCAUCUCCAUCCAUUGUGCAUCCGAGCCAGCGUCAGACAUCGCCAGCCUCCAGGCGACGCCCUGCAUCAGACAACACUGACCGUUCACCAACUCACGGGCUCAGACAAGACCCGCCGGUGCCCCUCUCAACCAGCUCCGAGCCGGUGCAAUCAAUCAAUCCCUUUGUCACUGCCGAAAUGCUGCGGACCAACAGUGUUCCAUGGCACGUUUCGCCGGCUCGACCAGCUAUCCUGACGUCGGUCACUAAUAUCUGGGCGGGUGUCCAAGACUUGACGCUCCGGAGUCUCAGCUUGAGUGAAGAGCUCGAAAACAUCCACUGUGUGUUUUGUUUGGCCGAAGAUGAGGAACAAGCCCACGAGUGCGUGAUCCUGCGCUGCGACCAGUGCCGAGCGCUUUCCCAUCUGUCCUGCGCGGAAGAGUGGUUGAAAAACCGACGUACAGGAUUUGGCGUGUCAUGCUGCGCGUGCCGAAACGAAGGAACUCUAGACGCAUUGAUUCGUCCACUCCGAGUCCCCUUGGCAGAUACCGAAACAAACUCUGUCCACUCGGCAAGCGAAUCAUCAACCGAUAGAGAGCCUGUCAUCGUCAGGAGUCCAGCACGAAACGACCCGAGUCAGAGUCAACCGCGUCGGGGGUCAGUGGAAUCCCUAGGGGUAUCAAUCGAGCAGAGUGGGCCCCGUCGCUCAGCCAGACUAGCAGGGGCUCACCUACCGCGAGAUUCUUCUACCUCUGCAUCGCUUCGCCGGUCGGCACGACUGAAUUCCAAUCAGCGUAGGUGA